AUGUUCCCAUCUGCUACGGCCACUUUCCGCUCUGUAAGACGAUCCCGGUUCCCCUGGCAUCACAUCUGUCACAUCUGUCACAUGACCCGGGCGCCAAGAGUCCAGAAGCGCGCUUUUUAUUCCAGGGGGGGGGGGGGGGGGGGGGGGGGGGGAGGGGGGGGGGGGGGGGGGGGGGGGGGAGGGGGGGGGGGGGGGGGGGGGGGGGGGGGGGGGGGGGGGGGGGGGGGGGGGGGGGGGUAG